AUGGCUAGUUUGACAGUCACGACGUCAAGUAAAAAUAGUUCUCGUGGUACAUCACCGCACAGAGGAAAUAUACUAACUCACCAUCGACAAUCAUCCGCUAACCUGGAGCACGUGCCAAAGAUAUGUAAUACUGCAGUUGGCCAAACUGGAGAAGGUAGUACUGGAAGCGGAGAAAGCAGUGUCUGUGGAGCUACGGCUAUGAAGAGUAGUGCGAGACAAAGAUCACCCGGUGCAAUGGCGCGAUCCGGUGAUACUUUGGACGAAACAAACCAAACAAAUCCGUCCAACGUUGAGUCCGAGGAUUUUGAAACAUUUCAUACUACAGCACAGUCGUUCUUAUCGAACGGUUCGUCGGAAUUAAUAGGCGAAGAUGUUGACUCGAGUGGAGCUAGAGUUCGCCAGGCGAUAGAACAAACGCAAAAUAAAAUAACAAAGACUCGAGAGCUGAUACGUACAGAGCAAAAAACCCGAGAUGAAAAUGUCAAUGAGUAUCUUAAACUCGCUGCGAAUGCAGACAAGCAGCAAUUGGCGAGAAUAAAGACGGUAUUUGAGAAGAAGAAUCAAAAGUCUGCUCACAAUAUUGCUCAGCUGCAGAAGAAAUUGGAUAGUUAUACGAAAAAAUUGAGAAAUUAUGAGAUGAACGGCGCGCCGACGAGUCAUCGCCAGCCCCGAGAGGUUCUGCGAGACAUGGGUCAAGGAUUAAAAUUGUCUUCCAGAAACGUGGGCGGUAACAUUAGGGACGGAAUAAGCGGAUUUUCGGGAAGUGUCAUGUCCAAACCCAGGGAGUUCGCGCACUUGAUAAAAAAUAAAUUUGGCAGUGCCGACAAUAUAAAUACCCUAUCACCAAAAUAA